AUGUCGAACAAGGAGGAGAAACCCGAUGAAAAACAGUCGAGUUGGAAAGAUUUUAUCUACAAUCCACGAACUGGGGAGUUCAUUGGGCGCACAGCCAGUAGCUGGGCUCUGAUCUUCCUGUUCUACUUGGUCUUCUAUGGAUGUCUCGCUGGGAUGUUCUCGUUGACCAUGUGGGUCAUGCUGCAGACGCUGGACGAUUACACCCCCAAAUACAGGGACAGAGUGGCUAACCCAGGUCUGGUUAUCCGGCCCAAGUCCAUGGACAUCGGGUUCAACCGCACCAUCCCUCAGCAAUACGACCGGUACGUCAAGCACCUGGAGUCCUUCCUGCAGCAGUACAACGACACAGUGCAGGAGAAGAACGAGCUGUGUAUGGUGGGCGAGUACUUCAAUCAGGACGACGCGGCGGAAAAGAAGGUGUGCCAAUUCAAGCGUAGCCUGCUGCGGCAGUGCUCCGGCCUGGCUGACACCACCUUCGGUUACGCCGAGGGACAGCCCUGCGUCCUGGUUAAGAUGAACCGGGUUAUUGGUCUGAAGCCACGUGGAGAUCCAUACAUCAACUGCACAGCCAAGAGAGAAACCCCCCUGCAAAUGCAGUAUUUCCCUGCUGAGGGAAGAUUUGACAAGAUGUACUUCCCGUACUAUGGCAAAAAAGCACAUCCUAAUUAUGUACAGCCGCUGGUUGCUGUGAAGCUGCUGCUUACUAAGCAGGAUUAUAACUCAGAGCUGACCAUUGAAUGCAAGGUGGAGGGAUCUGACCUGCGGAACAAUGACGAACGUGACAAGUUCCUGGGCCGCGUCACCUUCCGAGUCAAUGUGUCCGAGUAG